AAAGGCACGUAUGAUGAGUGGUUAGUGCUUCUUUAGCUUCUCUCAUCCAUAAAGGUGUGCGCGUGCCGCCGCCGUGUGCGCGCACGUCGCGUCUCCGCGCUGGUGCUGAUGAGAGCUGCUCCUCUUCAGUUUCAGGAUCGACCUCCUCCUCUUCCUCCUCGCGCCGCUUCCUCUGCAGGUGGAUGGAGGCUGGAAGCCCCGGGGUCUCGCACCAUGAUGCUCGGGAGCCGAUGCUGAUCACAGAGCACCUCCCUCCCUUCGCGCCGGGGACCGCAGCCCUGAUGACCCUCUGCUGACCACUGGGUGUCUCCGGAUCCAGCCCGCGGACCAUGGCAUGCGGCCCCCGCCGGGCCCUCAGCGCUGACCAUGGGGCUCCGGUCCAGGACCGUCGCUAGCGGCUCGGAGGAGCAGAAGAAGCCCCCCGGCGCUCCUCCUCCUCCCGGGGAUUUAUUGGACCAAGGCGGCGGCGCGGAGAAGGAUGGCGCGCUGCUGCUGGUGGGUCCGGUCCGGGGCACUCAGGGCAUCGGUAUCGGGCUGCUGGCCAAGACCCCCCUGAGCUACACCCGGCCCGUGAAGAGGAGCGCGAUCCGCAGGAGGAGGAUCCAGAACCUGAUCUACGACGCCCUGGARAGGCCGAGAGGAUGGGCGCUGCUCUACCACGCCUUCGUGUUUUUAAUCGUUUUGGGAUGUUUGAUUCUGGCGGUUCUGACCACAUUCAAGGAGUACGAGAAAGAUUCUGCUCACUGGCUGCUGGUUCUGGAAACCUUCGCCAUCUUUAUCUUCGGAGCGGAGUUUGCUCUGAGGAUCUGGGCGGCGGGCUGCUGCUGUCGCUACAAAGGAUGGAGGGGGAGGCUGAAGUUCGCUCGCAAGCCUUUGUGUAUUUUAGGUAAAGUGGAGCUGAUCACAGCCUGGUACAUCGGCUUCCUGUCUCUGAUCCUGGCGUCCUUCUUGGUCUACCUGGUGGAGAAGGACGACGGCUCCAUGAACGUGUCGGACCAGGAGAACCCCACGGUUCAGACCCAGACUCAGGACUUCGACACGUACGCCGACGCUCUGUGGUGGGGGCUGAUCACUCUGACCACCAUCGGAUACGGAGACAAAACCCCUAAAACCUGGGCCGGGAGGCUGCUGGCCGGCACCUUUGUUCUGAUCGGAGUUUCUUUCUUUGCUCUGCCUGCAGGGAUCCUGGGCUCGGGUUUGGCUCUGAAGGUCCAGGAGCAGCACAGACAGAAGCACUUUGAGAAGCGGCGCCACCCGGCGGCCGGGCUGAUCCAGUCUGCCUGGAGAUAUUACUCCACCAAUCCCAUCAGGGACGACCUCAUCGCCACCUGGAGGUUUUACGAGACCAUCAUCUCUCUGCCCUGUUUCAGCCAGAAGGUAAGUUUACUGGAGCGGGUUCGUCAGUCCAACCCAAGACCGUCUGUGGUGAUGAGCAAGAAACCCCUGGCUGAGUCUGUAGAGGAUAGUCCCUCCAAAGAGCCCAAACCCGCCGGGUUCAGUAACCGGGAACGCUUCCGGACCGCCUUCCGUAUGAAGGCCUCCACCCUGCGUCAGAGCUCUGAAGAUACUGGAGCCCUGCAGGACCCAGCCUUAGAGGAUCGAGGGUUCCCCCCAGAGAUCCUCCUGGAGGAGAUGAUCCCGACCCUGAAACUGGUCAUCAGGGCGGUCAGGAUCAUGCAGUUCCUCCUGAACAAGAAGCGGUUUAAGGAAACUCUGAGGCCUUACGACGUCAAAGACGUGAUCGAGCAGUACUCUGCCGGACACCUGGACAUGCUCUGCAGGAUCAAAUACCUCCAGACCAGGAUCGACAUGAUUCUGGCCCCUGGACCUCUCCUCACCCCUAAAAGCAAGAAGACCCAGAAAACUCCCUUUAACUACCCGUCCAGUCAGUCGCCCAGGCAUGAGUCCUACUUAGCCAAAGCCACCUCCAUGCCAGAUGCUGAGGACCAAAGCAUGAUGGGUAGAUUUGUCAGGGUGGAGCGACAGGUGGAGGACAUGGAGAAGAAGCUGGACUUCCUGGUGGACAUGCACAUCCAGCACACGGAGCACCUGCAGGUGGACUCGGCCGGCACCGCCCGCAUGACCCUGGAGGCCUGCGACUCCACGAUGAACGGUGAGAUCCGGCAGGUUUUCCUCAACUACGCCGAGGUUUUCCCGCCGCUGUCGUACCAGGUGCCCGUCAGGAAGGUGGGCCUGAGCUGCAGCCGAGGGGGCGGAGCGGCGGGAACCCGUCCUCCGGGCGCCGUCGCCACGUACACGGAGCGACCCACCGUGCUCCCCAUCAGUUCCCUGCAGGACCUGUCGGCGGGGCCGGGCAGGACCAUGGGGGGGCGGGGGGGCGACUCGCCGCUCUCCAUGCUGUCGGUGAACCACGAGGAGCUGGAGCGCUCGCCCAGCGGCUUCAGCAUUUCUGGGGAGCGGGAAGGGGCGGACCUGUCCAUGGGGACCGGGAUGGCGACGGGCGAGGCCAGCUGGACCAGACCCAGACCCAGCUACCUGGCGGAGGGGGAGACUGACACGGACACGGAYCCCUUCACGCCCAGUGGGGGGGCCAUGCCCCUCUCCUCCACGGGGGAGGGGUUUGGAGACUCUGAGUGGAACACGCCUCCCUGAGGGGCCUCCCGUAAAUCCGUCUGUAAGACCCUCACUCCAACCCGAGAAACGUCUGGGUCCACGCCGCUCCGUUGGGCCGAACCUUCAGGAUGAGGGCGGGUUUUAUCUGCCCCGAUGCUGCAGGUCCAACAGGGACCACCGGUCCAGACAGAGCGUGGCGUCUGCCUGGGGGAAAACAAAAAAACAAAAACAGUUUGUAAAAAAAAACAACUCUGUACAGGACUCCACAAAAAUCUAUCUGGAUUAAAAAAACAUUAUUCUACAUAUUAUAUACACCCAAAAGCUUUACUGCUGCAAAGCCACGCGCACUGCAUGUACCGCAUGCACGUUUAGUGUAGACGCCGCAAAACUUCAGGACACCGAGACAAGGAAGAGCCCAGAGCUACAUUUACCUGCUAUGCCAUUUUCUAACACCUGUUUUUAUAUGAACACAUCCUCAUUGUUUCUGCACGGUUUGCAUGACGACGCACCAUUUCAGGAGGCGGAGAGCAGAACCUGGAACCAGAAGUCUCCUGUUUGUUUUACACUGAUGUCAUGUUUGUUUUACACUGAUGUCAUGUUUGUUUUACACUGAUGUCAUGUUUGU